AUGAAUGUCGUCCUCUCCAGGGACAGUCAGGUGAAGGCCAUGGAGAACACUGUGACCAACGCUGAGAGGUAUUUCGGUCAGUUCUGCUCGCUGCUGGCCUCCUACACGCGCAAGACAGCCCGGCUGCGCGACAAGGCCGACCAGCUGGUGAAGCAGCUCAUGGAUUUUGCCAACACUGAGAACCCGGAGCUUCGGGCUACCAUGCGAGACUUUGCCGAGGACCUGGCCAAAGUGCAGGAUUACCGGCAGGCAGAGGUUGAGAGGCUGGAGGCCAAGGUCAUCAGCCCCCUGAAGCUCUAUGGUGCCCAGAUAAAGCAGACCCAGGCAGAUAUCAAGAAAUGUAAACGUGUCCAAAAUAAUGAGAUCAAACAACUGGAAAAGCUGGAGAAAUUAAGGCAGAAGUCACCCUCAGAUCGACAAAUGAUUUCCCAGGCGGAGACUAGUGCACAGAGGGCCUCUGUGGACACCAACCGCUCUACCCACCACCUGGCAGAGACAGUGGACGCCUUCCAGGAGCAGAAGCUGAAGGACCUCCGGAGAAUCUUCUCUGACUUUGUGACCAUUGAGAUGGUCUUCCACGCGAAGGCAGUGGAGGUGUAUUCCAGCGCUUUCAGGACCCUGGAGAGCUACGACCUGGAGCGAGACCUGCAGGACUUCAGAGCCAAGAUGCAUGGAAUUUAUGGGCACAGCGAAGCUCGGCCACCCACAGACACCAGCCCCUCUCCAUCUGUCCCUUGGUCUCUGGUCAGCCAGAGUGUUCAGAGCACUGUGGCACACCAGGGAAAAGACGAGGAGGAGAGCGAGGCAGACUCUGUGGAGGAGAUCCCCCUGGAGGACCUCAAGGGACAGCAGCAGGGACGCCGUGACUAG